AUGGCAGCCGACGACACCAGUGAGCGGCAGCCGCUGCUCCCCGGGCGCGAGCGUGAACGCCUCUCCAACGCCUCGACCCUGUCCGUCGACUCGGAACAUGGCCUCACACGCAAGGACGCGCCGACUCGUGCGGUCCAAGACGAUGUCCUGCCCGAGACGUCGACCCUCGGGCGCACUCUGAGCUGGAACAGCUCCUACAUCCUCGUCAUGUCGCGCAUCAUCGGUAGCGGCAUCUUCGCCACGCCGGGCACCAUCCUGCAGGCCGUCGGCAGCCCCGGGCUCGCGCUGCUGCUGUGGGUCGUCGGCGCGCUUGUCACGGCCGCCGGGCUCGCUAUCCUGCUCGAGUACGGGUCUAUGCUGCCGCGCUCCGGCGGGCACAAGGUGUACCUCGAGUACACCUUUCGCCGCCCGCGCUUCCUCGCCUCGACCCUCGUCGCCAUCAACGCCGUGCUGCUCGGCUUCACCGCGAGCAACUGCGUCAUCUUCAGCCAGUACACGCUCUACGCCGCGGGCUACGCUGACGAGUACGAGGCCGGCGAGCUGCUGCGCAAGGGCGUCGCCGUCGGCCUGCUCACCCUGGUGACGGGCAUACACGGCAUCACGCCGAGGUUUGGCGUGCGCCUGCAAAACGUGCUCGGAUGGGUCAAGAUUGCCAUUGUCCUCUUCAUGAUUGCGUGCGGGCUCUACGUCGUCGUGUUCCGGCCGGACACGGGCGCGCCUGGCGACGGCGCGGCGACCUGGGGCGGCCUGUGGCAGGACAGCAACUGGAACUGGGGCAUCUUGUGCACGGCCAUGUUCAAGGUCUUCUACUCGUACUCUGGUCUCGAAAACAUUGGCAAUGUUCUCAACGAGGUCAAGGACCCGGUCAGGACGUUGCGCUCCGUGACCAUUACCGCCUUAGCCACGUCGUGCAUCAUGUACUUUCUCAUCAACGUGGCCUACUUUCUCGUCGUGCCGCUCGACGAGAUCAAGGAAAGCGGCGAACUGAUUGCGGCGCUCUUCUUCCAGCGCAUAUUUGGAACGAGUGUAGGCGGCCGACUGCUGCCUCUGACUGUCGCCCUGUCGGCCUUUGGAAACGUCUUGGUCGUCGCGCGCUUGAAGCACGAAAUUGCGCGUCAGGGCUUCUUGCCAUUCUCCGACACGCUCUCCUCGACGAAACCUUUCGACUCACCGCUCGGUGCACUCGUUGUAAACUACAUUCCCUCCUUGUUGAUCAUCGUGCUGCCGCCAUCGGGCAAGAUUUACUCCUUCAUCCUCGAGGUGGAAGGCUACGGAGGACAGAUUAUGGGCUUGGCGAUUGCGGUCGGACUAUUGUGGCUGCGCUAUUCGCAGCCAGAUUUAUAUCGCCCAUACAAGGCGUCGCUGUUCGCCGUCUCGGUCAAACUUGUGCUGACGAUUGCGUUGCUGGCAGCGCCUUUCGUGCCGCCCAAAGACAAAUACCCAGGUGGUUUGUUCUACGCUACAUAUGCCAUUGCGGGCAUUUCCACCGUUGUCAUCAGUGUAGUAUACUGGUAUGUAUGGACAGUCUUCAUUCCCAAGUGGUGGGGAUACAGUCUUGAGGAAGAGGACGCCACUCUUGCAGACGGAACGACAAUUACAAAGCUUGUUCACAAGCCUCUUCAGUAG